AGAAUGCGGGCCUGACUUUUAUUAACAGGUGUCACACAGUUAGAGCGAGUUGCACAGUUUCUAUUUUUGCGCCCAAAGGAAGGCGUGCAUGAAAUAUUAGCCGGCUGUUUCCACUAUGCACUUCACUGUGGAAGCCACUUGAUUCAACAGUUGGUAAUGGUGGUUGUGAAGCUACCGCUAUUCUUCGAUUUGCAAGAGAGGUGUAACUCAGAAACGAGAAGAAGAAGAAGAAGAGCAAUCGAAAAGAAAACGCAGGAAGGAAGAGGAAAAUAUGUUCAGGCUUCAUAAGCAUAGGAAUGCGAAACCCGGAGACAAGGUUGAUUUCAAAUUCUCUCAGUUUAAGGCACUCCAGGUACCCAAAGGAUGGGACAAGCUGUUUGUAUCUAUUGUCUCUGUAGAAACUGGGAAAGCAAUUGCAAAGUCAAGCAAAACAGCGGUGCGUAAUGGAAGUUGCCAAUGGACUGAGACUCUGUCGGAGUCAAUUUGGGUUUCGCAAGAUGAUUCUUCAAAGGAUUUCGAGGAUUGUCUCUUCAAGCUCAUUGUUUCCAUGGGAUCAGCGAGAUCUGGCAUUCUUGGAGAGGCUACAGUCAAUAUGACAGAUUAUAUGAGUGCAAGUGCUUCGGUUCCUGUAUCCCUUCCAUUAAAAAAGUGCAGCCAUGGGACAGUUUUACAAGUAAAAAUUCAGUGCAUAACCCCAAGAACAAAACUCAGGGAUGAAAAAUCAAAAGAGAAGGACUCUGAUUUGGAAAAACCAAAUGCAGACUGUCAUGAUGUUGAAAUCCUGUCAGAUGGAUCUGAAAGUACAUUUGCAAGGAGUUCCGAGUCUUCCUCCACUAAGGAACUUGGGUUGAACUCACAACCAGGAGAAGCUGGGAGUAGAGAAACAAGUUUCUCUGUAUCAGGGUCACAAAGAAGUUAUGACUCAGGAGAAGGUUCAACAGUAGGGGAAAAUAUGUCCCUUGGGCCUGGAGAGGAUGGUGCUAAUAUGAACAGCCUGAUUAAGAGGGAGAAUUCAAUUUGCUCAGAAAAUAGUGUAUCUCAAGGCAAUUAUUCUGUUGAAAAUCCUUAUCAAUCUAAUAAUUCAUCAUUCAAUUCACAGAUUAUGGGGUCAGGUAAUCAAUCUAAGAAUUCUCAGAAAGAUUUUACAUUAUCCUCUAUGAAAUACACUGCUUCUAAAAACCUUCUGGAAGCUGCAGAAAAUAAUAUUGAAGAGCUGCAUGCGGAAGCUAAGAUGUGGGAGAGAAAUGCCCGAAAGCUAAUGCUUGAUUUGGAUAUUUUGAGGGUCGAAUUUUCUGAUCAAUCAAAGAAGCAGGCGGAUUUGAAUAUGGAGCUCUCAGCAGCCUAUGCAGAGCGUGAUUUUUUGAAGAAAGAAAUUGAACAAUUAAAAUUUUUCCUGGAGAAGUCAGCAGCGAAACAAACAGCCAUAGAAGAUUUAACAUCUCAAAAUGAAGGUCUUCCUCAUAUUCAAAAUGAACUAAAAGAUGAACUAAAGUUUCAUAGAGAAUCCAAUGCCAAUUUGGCUCUGCAGUUGGAGAGAAGUCAAGAAUCAAACAUCGAGCUUGUUUCUGUUCUUCAGGAGCUGGAAGAGACGGUCGAAAAGCAGAAGAUGGAGUUAGAGAAUCUUUUAGCACUGCAAUCAGAGUUCAGUAAUAUGGAAAGUACCAUCCAAGCAAAUGCAGAGGAGAACAGGAAAUUAACAGUAGAGCUACAACAAUUGCAGGAGUCGGAAAAUAAUUUGAAAAUUAAAGUGCAAACGCUGGAACAGGCAUUGGAGAAAAACAAACACACAGAGAAUGAAGGGAGUCUGAACAGUCAAACCCUUCUGGAUAUUGAGACAGAAUACAAAAGUAAGUUAUCCAAUAAAGAAGAAGAAAUUGUUAAUUUAAAAGCAAAAUUAUCUGAGUCUCUAAAUGAAUGGCAUUAUGUAGAAAUGGAGUCCAUAAAUGCAGGUGAUGCCGAUCUGAUUAGAAAGAUUGAAGAGUUAACAGAAAAGGUGCAGGAACUAGAGAAGGACUGUAAUGAGCUGACUGAUGAAAACCUAGAACUCUUAUUCAAGCUGAAGGAAUCAAAUAAAAAUUCCAGUAAAAGAGAUGCAUCUGUUGAUAACUUUGGUAAGGAAACUACAUCUCAGGAUCAUUCAAUUCAAGUACUUGAGAGUUUGAAGAUGGAGCUAGAGUGCAAAGUGACAGAAAUGGCAGAGGAAUUGACUGAAAAGGGCUCUGAGAUGGAAAAGCUUCAGGCUAACCUUUUGUCAAAAGAUGAUGAAAUUUUGGUUCUUAGACAACGUCAAAGUGAACUAGAAACUAAGGUUUCUGGUCUUCAAAAAGAAAAAAUCCAGCUACAAAAACAAAUGGAGGAUAUGGAUAGAGAAAAUGAUAUCACCUCUAAGUGCUUGAAUGAACCACGUAAUGAUGUGAUGGUGCAAAGCAGCAGUAUGGACUCCCAUGUUUCGGUCAAUAAGGAACUUGAAAAAAAAUGUACAGAGCUAGAAACUGGAAACCAAGAACUGCAAGUUCAUUUGUCAGAGCUCGAAGAGGAAAACGAACAGUUAUCGGUACAUGUAUCUGGUCUUGAAGCUCAGCUUAGACACUUGAGAAAUGAAAACGAGUCUAGUCUAUCUGAAUUAGAGGAUUUUAAAUCUCAUUCUCAGACUUUCCAAGAUGAGAUUAACAGAUUAAACAUUGAGUUGGAAUCCAAUAAACAAGAGAUGAAAAGCAAAUUACAGGACACACAAAACCAGUGGUCAGAAGCUGAAGAAGAAUGCGAGUAUCUGAGAGAGGAAAAUAUGAAGCUGCGAGCUUCUUCUGAGAGCAUCAUUGAAGAAUGCAGUUAUCUCCAGAAAUUAAAUGGAGAGUUGAGGAAACAGAAGGUGGAAUUGCAUGAGCAUUGUUCCAUAUUGGAGACUAAGCUAAGGGAUUCACAUAAAAGGUUGGCAGAUUGCUCCAAGAAAGUUGAAGACCUGGAAGAAACUCUGUCUUCAAUGGUGGCAGAUAUUGCUUCAAAAGAGAACAGCCUAACUUCAAAAUUAAAUGAAGUUCUUGAUGAAAACUUAAGAUAUAAGGAGAAACUGAAAUUGGAAGAAAGCUCCUUAAAUCGGAUGUACAUGGAAAAGGCAGUUGAAGUACAGAACCUUCAGCUAGAGGUAGAACAGCUGAGGAAAGAAAUUUCUUCAAGUCAGGAAGAAAAAGAAAGAAUAGCUUCAGGUGCUGUGCAGGAAGAAUCCAGACUACGUGCUGAUAGCAUUAAACUGCAAAAGGAUUUUCAAGAAAUUCAAUCUAAACUUGAACAAACUGAGAAUGAGCUCAAUAUUAUGCACCUAGAAUAUAAAGUGAAGCUACAAAACUUGACUGACGAACUUGAUGCUUCUAAGCAAAAUCAGCAACUGCUGAUGGCUGGCCAUGAAAAACUGUCAACGUUAUUGGAGAACUACAAAUCAGGAGAGGAAAAAUUCAAGGCUACUAUAAAUAGUCUUGAACUGAAGAUUUCAGUCUCUGAAUAUGAACGACAACAACUGGCUGAAGAAUCUUCCAAUCUGAAGGUUCAAUUGCAGAAUUUAUCUCAUCUUCAGGAUGAACUUUUGGCUUCUACGAAACAGCUUCAUGCAACUAAGUUUGAGAAAGAGAAACUGGAAGCAUCCUUGCACUCAAUAUCAGAAGAAUGUGAAGAUCUGAGGGCAGAAAAGAAUACAUUUAUUGAGAAGAUCUCGAUAUUGAAGAGCACUAUGUCUGAAUUAGAGAACUGCAAACGUGAAAAGGAAGCCUUAGAGAAAAAGCUUCUGCCGAUGGAAGGUGAAUUAGUGGAAAAGGAUGUGUUACGUGCUCAAGAUACUGAGCUGAAAAAUGAGCUCAACCAGAUCAAGAAAGCAAACGAGCAAUUCCAGCAGAAAAUGCAACUUCUCCGGGAAGAGAGAGAUGAAUGCCUAAGAAAAUCUCAAGCCCUUGAAGAAGAAUUAAAACUCGUUAAGGAAGAAAAACAGAAUCAUAAGGAGCACGUCAAUUCAAAGGUUGCCAGCUUAUCAAAGAUCAAUAGCAAAGUUAUUCCAGUCCGUGAAGAUAUGAAGCUUUCAAAAAAUGAAAUGGUCAAGAACAGCAAUUAUCGUCGUGAUAAUAGAAGGAAUGCAUCCUUAAAGAAUGGCCUAGUACAAGACCAUGUGAAAGAAGGUCACGUCCAACAUCCUAGAGAGAAUGGUAGUGGAUGUGAAGUUCGUGAUGCAAGUCCUCGAGAUGUUGGUGCUGAUCCUGGCUCGAAGAUUCAGUUGCUUGAGGAUGAACUUGCCAAGGCUUUGGAAGCAAAUAACAUGUAUAAAGUUCAGCUUAAUAGGCUAUUGUCUGAAGGCCGAGACGUCCAUUCAGAUGGUCGUAGAAAAUCAAAAGGUCAAGGUGAAAUUAUGGCAACAGAAACACAUGAAAGUAUAAGAUCCUCUCUAGAGGCAGAAUUAAGAGACAUUCGCGAACGCUACUUGCACAUGAGCCUCAAAUACGCUGAGGUGGAAGCUCAGCGUGAAGAACUAGUGAUGAAGCUGAAGACAACUAAGGGCGGAAAAAGGUGGUUCUCAUGAAUCUUGUCACUUUUUUGUUUGCACUUUUUUGGCAAGUGACCAUACAUCUCUCCUCCUCCAACUACCAAUCUCUGGUAGUCUUUUUUGUUUUUUUUUGUUUUUUUUGUUUUUUUGGUGUUUUCAAUGAAUCUGUAAAUAUACUAGUUUUCAUCUUCUUUAAUAAGCAGUAGAGGAAAAGAAUGGCGUGAUUGUAAAUAAGGAAUAACAGUUGAGAGGUGGAUGAUAGAAACUUCGGUAGUGCUGCUGCUACAUGGUAGCAAUAAACGUAAAAAGAAAUAAUAAAAAAUAAAAAAUAAGGAAUGUAGUUAUUUUUUGAUGUA